AUGUCCGAACUCAACGUACGACCGCUCUCGGUUGUGCAACAAGAACGAGCCGCCUUCGGUUUGCGGUCGUAUGACUAUGCUCGUUACAGAAAACACUGUACUUCAAAGCUGCAUAGACUGAGGCAGAAUCUGCAUGUUACUCAUGGCAAAGGCAAAGAGUACAAGAAAGCCGCCCCCAUCGGGGUUGACAAGGCCCAGGACGGACAUAUUCUCAUCUACCUGUUCGAAGCUGAACGGGCCUUCUCCCAUGCUCAAGAACUUCUCAACAUCCCGUCAGAAAAACAUCAUGCAAUCGCGCGCUUCCGUCGGUCUAUAUCCCACGCUUCUGGCAUGUUACCGUACCUCUCCCGCCUUCCGACGCUCAGUCAAGCCGAGCUCGCCGCCUAUAUUCUCAUGCUCCGUGCGCGGUUUGCCAUCGCUCGCCGAGACGAUGGCGUGUACAACCUUGCUCUAGUGCAGCUAGCGAGUGCACGGGCAUUGCUCACCGCCCUCUCCGAAGCGGCAAGCUCAAGCCGGGACGUGGCGCUGUACACUUCCUUCCUCGAUACGCUCGCCCCUGAAGUGCGUUUCCUGGCACACGAGCUCGGCCACCCACGCGCGUGGGACAUCCCCGCCGUCUGCGCGGACGUACAGCGCUCGGAGUCGGCAGCCGCUUGGCCGGGUUUUGAGGAUUUGCUUAAGGCGCUGGAGCAAGAAAAGAGCAAGAAGGGGAAGGGAGAGCUGCACGCCCUUGUGUGGGAGGGGAAAGAGCUGCAAGUCCGCGAACCCGAGCUGGUCGAGUUGCUCAUCCGUGUGCAAGCCGCACAGCUGGCACUGGAUACCCAUGCUGCUGAGGCUGCUAAGCCAAAGCAAACGGAAGCAGCCUCAGAAGGAAAGAAGAAGAGGAGCAAGGGGAAGAGGAAGCACAGCCUGCUCCCUGCUUAUGACGCUCUCCUCAACGCGCUUGCAGAGGCUGAAGACCUCUCCCGCCGGCUCGCAGAAGCCCAGGCACUGGGACAGCAGCAGAGCGCACUUGCGGCACCUUCCACUCCUGGGAGCGGCGAGGGGAAAGAGGGAGACGUGCGAUUCUUGCAUGCGUUCGUUACGUACCGUCUGCUGGCAAGCAGGAUCGAACGCGACUUGUUAUUGGUUAAGAUGCUCGAGAACCCACCGAAGCGCUUCACGAAGCCUUCGACGACAGACAAAGCGGCGCUGUCGAAAACCUCUGGUCCGGCGAAGGACAACACGACGAAGGAACAGAGCACGGAACCGGACGAUCGGACGUGCCUAGCGAUCAUCCGCAACUUGGACUCGGUGCUGCAGAGCUUGGAACAGAUGCGCGAGCUCGCUGUCGUGCAAGAGAGUCUUGUUGUCGGGGAGGGCAUCGAGGGUAGGAUUGCGUUCACACGGGCGAAACGGAUCGAGUACCUCGCAAGGCUGUAUGGGUCGCAGACUCAGUAUGCGGAAGCGUUGGCCCUCCUCGAGCGGGGCCAUUUCUAUCUGCGCACCUUAUCGCCCUCCCUGUCCAGCACCAAACCUUCACCGGCAGAACUAGCCUUCUAUCCGCUGCCUUCUCUGCUCAUCCAGACUCUUACCCAAGGGAUCGAGCAGCUCCAGCUCAAGCUGAAAAAAGAAUGGUACGCCGCGACGCACAAGAAACCGGUCUUUUACGAUAUUGCGUUCAACUACAUCGACCAGCCGCUAGAGCGAAUACGCGCGAGGGCGGGGUUGGCCCCUGAGCAAUCGCAGCAAGUUACUUCCCCUGUGGCAGGUGCGAAGGGUACGAAGCCUGCGGAGGUGGAGAAGAGACAGCAGGUGGAGCAUGAAGAGGUUAAGGAAGAGGUCAAGCCGCAACAUCCGAGUGGUUGGAGUGGAUAUUUGGGCGGCUGGUGGGGAAAAAGAUGAGCUGGAGAAGAAUUCGGUGCCAAAUUCUCAAAGAGGGCCUCGUCUUGGGCCACAUCUCUCUGUUUUCCGCAUUUCGCUACUUUGAUGUACAGAAUGAAUGUUCUUUGA